UUAUCAACCCCAGGCUGGCAUUGUGCAGAAAAGGUCUGGUAUUUUCCGUUGAGGUGUGUAGGGUUUGCACAAGGGUGCUGAUAAGGGCAGGAACAAUGGAGAAGAAAAAGAACCUUACAAAGAAACAACAAAGAGAGAGGAGGGGUAUUUUUCGGCCAAUACCUGUAUCAUGACUCAGAGAACCAGUUGGCCCAGAAGUAGGGGAUUUGGUACUUCCCAACCCCGCACAAGUGAUACCUGAAGUGAUUAUAUAUAAAGAAGGGGAAAGUCCUCUACUCAGAGUGCUAGACACAGCCUCAAAGAUGAAGGUCUUCCUCAUUAUUUUGCUGGCUGCAAUCCUGUGCAUAGAAUCAGGUUUCGCCUUGACGUGUUACACCUGCCCAGCGAAAACCAACAAUGCAGAUUGUCUGACACCCACAGCCUGCCCCGCCAACUUCACCGAAUGCAAGACGGAAGUGUAUGUUCCAGUGCUGGGAGGCUGGAAGGUUAUCACCAAGGAGUGUUCCUCCUCAUGUACAAACUCCACAGCCAACUUAUUUGUGUUUAAGAAGAAUACUUUGUGUUGCUCGACUGACAAGUGCAACCACAACAGCGUGGGCAGGAUGGAAAGCAGCUCCAUGGUCAUGGCAGUGGGUAUUGCAGCCAGUGUCACCUGCUUCUUGCUUACGAGUAGACUGUGAGGAGUGGGGAGGAAGCCUUGGGCCAUCGAUUGCCCUGGAAGUUCCCCACGAUGGCUGGUUUCUAGCAGUCAAGCAGAGCGGCACCACUUUCUCCCCCUGUACGGUUGUACCUGGCUGCUGAUGCUUGUCUUACAGAUUUCUUUAGCACUGUUAAUUAAGAGUAAAAGGGGUGCGUGCGUGUGCGUGCAUGUGUGUGUAUGUGUGUGUGUGUCGCAAUGCUGUUUUUAAUACACACCUGCCCUUCCAUUAAGUGCAUGUCUUUCUCUGUCGCAGUCACCACUUAGCAGACGCAUCAACCACUCCAUCACUCAUAUAGCUGAGUGUUUACUGCAUGCACUAUUUACAUUGAACAUUUGACACCCCCCUCCCUAAUCUGUCUGUGACUGCGGGUGCAUUUGCGUUGUAUAUAUUGAUCAGCACAUCCAUCUAUUUUUCCAUCAAGUGCACGUAUAUGAGCACAUGUAUGGC